CAGUUAGUUUCCACGGUAUAUUUUCCCGGUUUGGGUUAGGCCAUCCAUCCUCCAUCCCUGGGCGCUUGCUGGGCCUCGGCGGAUCCCCCGAAGCAGCCGCCGCAACAACGAGAGAAAGGCAACAAAUCAAUCAAUUCCCCCAUCUUCCUCGUUCUCUCCGCCUCCUCCCCACUCUCCAUUUAUACUCCUCUUCUCCUCUCCAUCGCCGCAUUGCUCGCCACCCCGACGACGACGACGACGACGGCGACGGCGGAGGAGUAGAGACAGAGAGAUGGCCGCCGCGUCCUCCUUCACCGCCGCCGCCAAGUUCUUGGCGCCGGUGUCCGCGAGAUCCGCCGGGGACUACAAGCCGCCGCUCCCGCUCCCGGCCUCCGCCUCCCUCAGGCCCGGGAGGAAGCCCGCGCCCCGCCUCCGCACCGCGCUCGCCGUCUCCUCCGACGUGCUCCCCGGGAACAAGGCCGCCCCCGCCGCCGCCGCCCACUCCGCUGUCACGCGGGAAGAGGCUUUGGAGCUGUACGAGGACAUGGUUCUUGGCCGUAUUUUCGAGGAUAUGUGCGCGCAAAUGUACUACCGUGGCAAGAUGUUUGGUUUUGUCCAUUUAUACAAUGGGCAAGAAGCUGUCUCCACUGGCUUCAUCAAGCUGCUCAACCAAGCUGACUGUGUUGUCAGCACAUACCGUGACCACGUCCAUGCCCUAUCCAAGGGUGUCCCUGCACGUUCUGUCAUGGCUGAGCUUUUCGGUAAGGCCACUGGCUGCUGCCGUGGACAAGGUGGUUCUAUGCACAUGUUCUCUGAACCCCACAACCUCCUUGGAGGUUUUGCCUUCAUCGGAGAGGGCAUCCCUGUUGCUACUGGUGCUGCCUUUGCUGCUAAAUACCGCCAUGAGGUGCUCAAGCAGUCUAGCCCUGAUGGACUUGAUGUAACCCUGGCAUUCUUUGGUGAUGGUACCUGUAACAAUGGCCAAUUCUUUGAGUGCCUGAACAUGGCUCAGCUUUGGAAGCUUCCUAUUGUGUUUGUUGUGGAGAACAAUCUAUGGGCAAUUGGGAUGUCGCAUCUUAGGGCUACUUCAGACCCAGAGAUUUAUAAGAAGGGUCCAGCGUUUGGAAUGCCCGGCGUGCAUGUUGAUGGGAUGGAUGUCCUGAAGGUCAGGGAGGUGGCUAAGGAGGCCAUUGAGAGGGCAAGGAGAGGUGAAGGACCGACUCUUGUGGAGUGUGAGACUUACCGGUUCAGAGGGCAUUCUCUUGCUGAUCCAGAUGAGCUCAGGAGACCUGAUGAGAAAUCUCAUUACGCCGCAAGGGACCCCAUUACAGCCUUGAAGAAGUACAUCAUCGAACAGAACCUUGCAACUGAAUCCGAGCUGAAGAGCAUCGAGAAAAAGAUCGAUGAUGUUGUUGAAGAGGCCGUGGAGUUCGCUGACGCAAGCCCGCUCCCUCCCCGGAGCCAGCUUCUGGAAAACGUGUUCUCAGAUCCCAAGGGCUUUGGAAUUGGCCCUGACGGGAAGUACCGGUGUGAGGAUCCCUUGUUCACGCAAGGCACGGCCCAAGUCUGAGAGGCUCAACGAGCACGCUUAUCAGUUAUUAUGUCAUGCUUUUUCUUGUCUCUCUCUAGCUCUACCCUAUCCUAGUUUUUGUCGAACCCAUCGUCGUGUUAAGCGUAAUGUAAGCACAACCUACUUCUUCAUUUGUUUCAUUCUUAGACCUCCCAUAUCAAUAUGCUCAACUGCUGCCCCAGUUUUUGCUCAGUGUGUUCGAUUUGCUCUUCAGUAGUUCUAUUGGUUUCAGAACAGCUGGGCCUGUAAUCACUCACUCCUAUGUCUGGACAUGCAAAGAUACUUCUGGUUUAGAGUUUCAGCUGAGUUACAGUGAUUAGUUUCCUGCCUGUUAUACUAUAUUUAUAAACAUCAUGAUGGAAUGUGAGACAAUAUCUGCUGUCCUUGUUUUA